AUGGAUUUGGUGAAUAGUUACAAGGGGGUUGUAGGUCUGGUUUUCGGCAAUGAGAAAUCUUCGUCUUCAAAUGAAGAUAGUCAUGUCGAGCGGUUGCUGGACUGUAUAAGCAAUGGGAAGCUGGCAGAGGACAGGAGGACUGCUAUGGUGGAGCUUCAGUCUGUUGUGGCUGAAAGCUCUGGUGCUCAGCUGGCGUUUGGAGCCAUGGGAUUUCCUGUUAUGAUGGGUGUAUUGAGAGAAGAACGCGACGAUGUUGAAAUGAUCCGAGGUGCCCUAGAAACUCUUGUAGGUGCCUUGACUCCUAUUGAACAUUCAAAAAUCCCAAAGAACGAGAUUCAACCAGCUUUGAUGAACACGGAUUUGCUUUCUAGAGAAGCAGACAGCAUUUCACUUCUCUUAAGUUUGUUGUCAGAGGAGGAUUUCUAUGUACGGUAUUACACUCUUCAGCUUUUGACCGCUCUUCUCACGAAUUCUCCAAAUAGGUUACAGGAAGCCAUUCUGACCAUACCUCGUGGUAUAACUCGCCUAAUGGAUAUGCUUAUGGAUCGUGAGGUUAUACGAAAUGAGGCCUUGUUACUACUUACUUACUUGACACGUGAAGCUGAGGAAAUUCAAAAAAUUGUGGUCUUUGAAGGUGCUUUUGAAAAGAUCUUCAGCAUCAUCAGAGAGGAAGGUGGCUCAGAUGGUGGUGUUGUUGUCCAGGACUGUAUUGAACUGUUAAACAACCUUAUUCGGAAGAAUGCAUCUAAUCAGAUACUACUGAGGGAGACAAUUGGAUUUGAUCCAUUAAUGUCAAUUUUGAAGUUACGAGGAAGUACUUACAGUUUCACUCAACAAAAGACAAUUAAUCUACUCAGUUCGUUGGAAACUAUUAAUUUGCUAAUUAUGGGAGGUUCAGAGGCUGAUCCUGGAAAAGAUGCAAAUAAGCUGGCAAACAAGACAACUCUUGUUCAGAAAAAAGUCUUGGACCAUCUUUUAAUGCUGGGUGUAGAAAGCCAGUGGGCACCUGUUGCUGUCCGUUGUGCGGCAUUACAAUGCGUUGGUAAUCUGAUUAUUGGACAUUCCAAGAAUCUUGAUGCCAUUGCAAGCAAAGUUCUUGGGGAGGGGCCACAGGAACCUGCUCUGAACUCAAUUCUACGAAUCAUCUUAAGGACAUCUAGUGUACAAGAAUUUGUUGCAGCAGAUUAUGUUUUUAAGAGCUUUUGUGAGAAAAAUGCUGAUGGCCAAAAAAUGUUAGCGUCAACAUUGAUUCCUCAACCACAUUCAAUGACUCAUGCACCGCUUGAGGAAGAUGUGAACGUGUCAUUUGGAAGCAUAUUGUUACAAGGUCUUACCAUGAGCGAGAAUGAAGUUGAUCUUGAGACAUGUUGCAGAGCUGCCAGUGUUCUAUCUCAUAUCAUGAAAGACAAUGUCCACUGCAAGGAAAAGGUGUUACAUAUUGAACUUGAAGCACCUACGCCAUCUUUAGGCGCUUCUGAACCUCUAAUGUAUCGCAUGGUAACAUACUUGGCCCUUUCCUCUUCCAUGAAAAACAAAGAUGGGAAGUCAAGUGGAAAUGCAUAUAUUCAACCAAUUCUCUUGAAAAUGCUGGUGACUUGGCUAGCUGAUUUCCCUAGUGCUGUGCAUUGCUUCCUAGAUUCACGUCCCCACAUCACAUAUCUGCUCGAGUUGGUAUCCAGUUCAUCUGCUACAGUGUUCAUAAAGGGACUGGCGGCUGUUCUUCUGGGAGAGUGUGUUAUCUACAAUAAAUCUGGUGAAAGUGGGAAAGAUGCUUUUACUGUAGUUGAUUCCAUAAGCCAGAAGGUUGGACUCACAUCAUACUUUCUGAAGUUUGAUGAAAUGAGAAAAAGCUUCCUUUUCACCUCUGCAAGGUCUGCUGAGCCCCCUAAACAGUUAACUAGAUCUGCUUCUGCUGGUAUGGUAGAGCCUGAAGAUGUUGAGGAGAACAAUUUAUCUGAUCAGAAAGAUGAGGAUCUACCGGUUCUGUCCUCAAUCUUUGAUGCUGCAUUUGUAAACCUUGUUAAGAGUUUAGAGGCAAACAUCAGAGAAAAAAUUGUUGAGGUUUACAGUCAACCAAAGAGCAAUGUGGCAGUGGUGCCAGCAGAAUUGGAACAAAAGAGUGGGGAAAGCGAUGGGGAGUAUAUUAAGCGGCUGAAGGAAUUUGUGGAAAAGCAAUGCUUUGAAAUACAGGACCUCCUUGGCCGCAAUGCAAGCUUGGCUGAGGACGUAGCAGCAACUGGUGGGGCCAGUCAUUCUCGGUCUGAACAAGGCACAGGCUCAGAUAGAGUUCACGUAGAGGCACUUAGACGAGAUCUUCAAGAAGCCUCUAAGCGGUUGGAGUUGCUCAAGGCAGAGAAAGCCAAGAUUGAAUCUGAGGCAUCCAUGUAUAAAAACUUGGCUGGCAAGAUGGAAUCCGACCUGAAGAGUCUAUCAGAUGCUUACAACAGUCUUGAGCAGGCCAAUUUCCAACUAGAAAAGGAGGUAAGAGGUGAAAAGGGUGUGGGGUCUUUGGCCUUUCCAGAUGUGGAUGCAAUUAGAGCUCAGGCAAGGGAAGAAGCUCAGAAGGAGAGCGAGGCAGAGCUGAAUGAUCUUCUCGUAUGCCUCGGACAAGAACAGAGCAAGGUUGAAAAGCUUAGUGGUAGGUUGUUGGAGUUGGGGGAGGACGUGGACAAGCUGCUUGAAGAUAUUGGAGAUGAUAUGGGAUUGCCUGCAGAUGGUGAAGAGGAGGAAGAGUGACUGAUGACACUGUUGUCCGACUUGUGUUAUUUUUAUUUCAUCUCGCCUGUAUAUUUCUAGUUGAAUCAGUGAAUUGUACAGUUUGAUAUUUAUUCUCAAUGAUACUCAUCAAAACUUUUGUGUCGGUUGAACUUGAAACGAACUUUGUGGGUAAUUUGGGCCCUUUCGUCAG